AUGCCUUCCUCCCCCGUCACCCACCUCUACCGAUCAGUCCUCCGGGAACUCCGCUUUGCUUCUCAAAAGUCCCGUACAACUCGAAACCCCACAGUCCAAUCCCACAUCCGAACCCUCGUCGAAACUUCCUCCUCCCCCAAACAGCUCGAACGGUCAUUAAUAGAGACGAGGGAGUUUUUGAAAUCUACAAGAGUGCAUGCUGAACUCGUAAAACGAUACAACCCCACCCACUCCAUGUCCCAAGAAGAGCGCGUACACGCUACCGCCCGAAGAGUAGGAUUAAACUCGCCCAAAGAGUACAAGAAGGGAGACGAAGACAAGUAG